AUGAAUAAUAAAUUCUUGGUUCUCGAAUCUGCCAUCAGUGAUGUGCGAGGAGGGCAGCAAGACAUCGUAAGGUCUCUCUCUUUCUUGGAAGAAAAGUACGAAGAGAUGAAAGUAACAACGGAGCGACUUGAGAGAGAGAAUAAGGGACUACAGAAUGAGAACCAGGCACUUAAGAAAAGGGUGGAUGACCUUGAUCGUCAAGUUCAGGACCUCGACCAAUAUCAUAGGAGGCAAAACCUUGAGAUCGCUGGGAUUCCAGAAGAGAAGCAGGAGAACCCAGCAGAUGUAGCAUUGAUCAUCUCCAAAAGGAUCGACCCAGAUAUCACCGCUGGCGACAUCGAUAUCGCACACGGCCUCGGAGCACCGAAACCGUCUGCCAAGCAUCCAAGACCAAUAAUUGUCAGGUUUACUAAUCGAAGAGCUAGGAAUGCUGUCUAUGAUGGUAGGAAACAUCUACGGGGCACAACUUCUGCGGAUCUUGGAAUCAACCUUCGCAGCACUUUGAAGAUCUACGUCAACGAGAACCUCGUCGGUGCUACAAGAGAGCUGCUAGGACUCGCCAAUGGAGCUAGAAAAGAUGCUGGGUACAAGUUCUUGUGGACUUACAAUGGAAAAAUAUAUGUCAGGAAGGACGAGAAAUCAGCUCCUGUCAUCAUACUCUCGAAAGAAGAUAUUUCGAAGCUGAAAUAA